GGAUUACGACACCGGCCAGCUGAGAUAUAUAAAGAGCCCCUUUUUGACCGCACUUGCACAUUUUUCAGUGACACUUCUGAACACGCACACGCAUCUAUGGACUAAAUAGUACACAAGAAACCAAAGCAGUCAUUGUACCACACGUGAGGACUAUGCAUCUACCAGGCAAAUAAUUUGGCGCACUGGAACGCACUUUUUUUUCUUUUUAAUUAUUGUUAAAACUCCCGCUAAAAAAAGAAAAAAGGACAAAAAAAGAAGUCGGGGAGAUCGUAUUGGAAUAGAUGAAUAUCACAGAUUCCCAGCAGGAUAAGACAAGGAGCGACGCACAUUCCAAACAAGGGGAUAUAACUGGAUAAAGCGCGUGGAAAGACAAGAAAAAGAAAGAAAAAGUUGCCUGCUGUCCACGCGUCGUCAUGCCGAGGUACAACUUCUUGCUGUGCUUGAUGGUGCUCAUCUCUCUGGGACAGUCGGGGAGCGAUGAGCCCAAUCUGCUGCUGCCUCCUGCCAGUGAAACGCCCACGGAUGCCGGACUGUCUCUGCUGGACGAGGACGCCGGUACCCACGAGUGUUCCGCCUGUGUGUGGAGGGAGCAGAGCAAAGUGUUGAGACUGGAGACCAUCAAGUCCCAGAUCUUGAGCAAGCUGCGCCUGAAGCAGGCACCCAACAUCAGCCGGGAGGUGGUGAAUCAGCUGCUGCCCAAAGCGCCUCCGCUCCAGCAGCUUCUGGACCAUCACGACUUCCAGGGAGACGCGUCGUCCCAGGAUGAGUUUAUGGAGGAGGACGAGUACCACGCCACCACGGAGUCCGUCAUCACCAUGGCGUCCGAGCCGGAACCUCUGGUCCAGGUAAAUGGAAAGCCCAGCUGCUGCUUCUUCAAGUUCAGCCCAAAGCUGAUGUUCACCAAGGUGCUGAAGGCCCAGCUCUGGGUGUACCUCCGACCACUUCAGCAGACCUCAACUGUCUACCUACAGAUCCUCCGACUCAAGCCCAUCACGGAGCAGGGCAGCCGCCACAUUCGGAUCCGCUCCCUGAAGAUAGAGCUCAACUCCAGAGUGGGCCACUGGCAAAGUAUUGACUUUAAGCAUGUGUUGCAGAACUGGUUCAAACAGCCACACACCAACUGGGGAAUUGACAUCAACGCAUUUGAUGAGAGUGGCAAUGACCUGGCUGUUACCUCACUGCGACCUGGGGAGGAGGGGCUGCAGCCGUUCCUGGAAGUGAAAGUUCUGGAGACGACCAAACGUUCUCGGAGAAACCUUGGACUGGACUGUGAUGAACACUCCACUGAAUCACGCUGCUGUCGCUACCCGUUGACGGUGGAUUUCGAGGCAUUCGGCUGGGACUGGAUAAUUGCCCCCAAACGCUACAAAGCCAACUACUGCUCCGGCCAGUGCGAGUAUAUGUUUAUGCAGAAAUACCCGCACACACAUCUGGUGCAGCAUGCCAACCCUCGAGGGUCAGCGGGGCCUUGCUGUACCCCAACCAAGAUGUCCCCCAUUAACAUGCUGUACUUCAAUGACAAGCAGCAGAUCAUCCAUGGAAAGAUUCCCGGGAUGGUAGUGGAUCGAUGUGGCUGCUCUUAGGCUGUAGGGGAGACAAACACUUGUGUACAGCCACCAUUGCAUCACAGCACCCAAAACCCUUACAGAGUGCUUCUCCGGCACCAGAAUUCACUCCUGUGCACCAGAUUUCACUUUUAUUCAGCCACAAAACACAUCACUGGGUUUUUAUCCACUUUUCAGUAAUUAAAUUAACUGUAAAUGGGAAAAACAGGUUAUAAAAUGGAAUAUGUAUCAGAAAAUAGCUGAAUGAGAGAAGUGCGGGACAUUAUGAAUGACUUAAAGAGUUCUACUUAUGGAGCAGCUUCAGAAAACUGUAAAUGAAACAAACUAUGUUAUAUAGUAAGUGUUAGUUUUGUGAAAUUAUUUUAUUAUUUUUUAUUUUAUUUUAUUUUUUAAGAAAAUGGCAUCUUUGUGAAAUGUCCAGGUUAGCAGAUUAAAAUAACAGAAGACAUAAGCAUUUACAAAGUUUUUAAAACAACUUCAGGCUUAAAGUGAACAGUUUAAAUUACAUAUAAACAUUGAACUGGUUAAGA